GAGGCGGAACGGAUUUUGCGGGCGAUGGGGGCGCAUUUUGGGGACGGACCAGGGAAAGGAAGUGUGUUACAUUAUCCAGGGCACCCACUCCCGGCUUCCGCGGGGACGGUGUUGGGUGUUUCGCGUCCCUCCUUCCGUGGUAUGGCCUGAGCACUUGGGUCUCCGGUGAAGGGCGAAGGUGGCCGCAGGCUCGGGACCUGCGUGUUUCGCUGGCGGACACCACGGGCUGACCUUGGCCACUGCUCUUUGGCUGCUCUUGCUGACCUUGGCCCAGGGUCGGAGCCGAUGGCGUCUUGGGCUGCUGUCUGCCUAAGCAGAGUCCCUGCCCGGUGCUUGUGGGCGCGAGGCCCGGGUGUCCGGGCGGCCCUUCCGUCCACCCUCGCGGCCUCCCAGCCUGAGCCCACGGGCUGUAACCCCGCUCCAUGCAGGACGCUGCACCUCAGCGCGGCGGUUCCCGCCGGGCACAACAAGUGGUCCAAAGUCCGGCACAUCAAGGGUCCCAAGGACGCCGAAAGGAGUCGCAUCUUCUCCAAGCUCUGUUUGAGCAUUCGCCUGGCGGUUAAAGAAGGAGGCCCCAACCCUGAGCUCAACAGCAGUCUGGCCAACAUCUUAGAGGUGUGUCGCAGCAAGCACAUGCCCAAGUCAACGAUUGAGGCAUCGCUGAAAAUGGGGAAAGCCAAGGAUGUUUAUUUGCUGUAUGAGGGCCGAGGCCCUGGUGGCUCUUCCCUGCUCAUUGAGGCGAUAUCCAGCAGUGGCUCCAAGUGCCAUUCAGACAUCAAACAUAUCCUGAACAAGAACGGAGGAAUGAUGGCUGAUGGAGCUCGCCAUUCCUUUGACAAAAAGGGGGUGAUCGUGGUUGGAGUGGAGGACAGAGAGAAGAAAGCGGUGAACCUAGAGCGUGCCCUGGAGAUGGCAAUUGAAGCAGGAGCUGAAGAUGUCAAGGAAGCUGAAGAUGAAGAGGAAAAGAACAUUUUUAAAUUUAUAUGUGAUGCCUCUUCACUGCAUCAGGUGAGGAAGAAGCUGGACUCGCUGGGCUUGUGUUCUGUGUCCUGUUCACUGGAAUUCAUCCCCAACACAAAGCACAACAGUCAGUAUAACUUUACACUGGAAGAAACCCCAACGUGUAGACUUUUACAAGUCCCCCGGAACCCCUCUGGAGACCUCCUGAAGAAGAAAUGAAUGAGCCAGUAGGUCUGGCAAAAGUGAGUGUUAGGAUAAAUACUAUAUUACUCUUGACUAAAAUCGCUUUCUCUCCUGAUGCUGUCCCCAGACACUAAACAGGAUAGUAGUUUUUACUUUUUUCCUCUUUUUAUCUUUCUUUUGAUUAGGCCAAAAAGGUAGCAUUGGGGUUUUUUAUUGAAUGAGUAAGUGAAACUCCAAUGGGGGACUUCCCUACCCUUCCUUGUAAGACAAAACCACCAUUAGCAGUAUACUCUGUAUUCUUCUACUCAUUGGAACGGAUCUGCUAGGGCACGAAUUUUAACUCUUCCAGUUUCCAGCAACCUUGGACAAGAACUUAAUCUCUCUGCACCUGUUUCUUCAUGUAUAAAACGUGGAUAAUAGUAUCUAUCUCAUAGUAUACUAUUAGUAUACAUGGAUAAUAGUAUCUCUUCUCAUUUUGAGAAGUUAACAUAUGUUAAGCACUUAAGACGGUUCCUGGCAAUAGUAAGUGCUCAAUAAAUGUUAGCCUUCCCCCCUCCCCCCCACUAAGUAUGAAUGAACAUUCAGGAGCUUCCUACUUCCCCAAGGUGAGGUGGCCUUGUAGAAACUAUUUAGUUACCAUGGCAACCCCACCCCAGGUUUCAUCUCCAUAGCAAUUCAUUUUCUUCACCCGUCUGGUAAGUACACGUGUGAUUGCCCAUUAGCACAUUGCAGAAAAAUUAAUACAUGAUCACAUUUUUAGAAGUGGAAUAUCUCAUUAUCCCAGGCCGCAGUCAGGAACAUAAGGAGGCAGGAUCCAGGGUAGACAGAGCCCAUGGCAUCAAGGACCCAGCGCAGCCGUUGGGUCCUCUCAGCCUUUUCACUGCCAUCACGAACCUUUCCUAAUCUUCCCAGAUCACUGCACCUUAAGCUCACCCUGGGUAUAAAUAACUUCUCCUCUUCCAUAUCCUCCCUUGUGUCCCGACAUGACAAAACCUGGAACAGGAAGGAGGCUGAUCCUUCUGACCACGAACUCUGUGGGACCUAGGACGGCCUCCUCCUGUUCCUUUGGUCCGGCAUCCCCGUUCCCACCUUUUGUGACAGACCGUGUUGCAUGCCUGAUCUGUGGGCUGUGGGCAGCUUCUUCAAUAUGACCUAAUCAGCCAACUAUUUUCUAGGAAAUCAUUUCUAGUCCACUGCGGGCACCUUUCCUGUUCUCCAGCAAUGCUAUGGGUUUUCUUUAUUAUCUAUCCUGAUGUUCAUGAUGAUGCGGAGCUGGCUGGAGGAGUCUGUCUACCAUCUUGACCUAACCCCCUCCUCCUCUCUCUACUUUAUUUUUUAUAACAGCUUUCACUGUAUAGUCUGCUUAAUAAUGGUGCUGGGGU